AUGACCUCACCCUUCCAAGACAAACAGGAAGCCGUCAGCUACCUCGAGUCCCUGCUCAACAAGAACCUCCGCGUCACCACCACCGACUCGCGCAUUUUCGUCGGUGCUUUUAAGUGCACUGAUGCAGAAAGCAACAUCGUCCUCCAAUACACAUAUGAGUACCGCCAUCCUACGCCUCAACAAGCGCAGCAACAGAACACAACCCAGGGAGACCCAACAAACUCAAACCCAACAAACCCAACAACAACUGAAACUACCACAACUACCACAACAACUGAAACUACCACCUCAAAAAUAAAACUAGACCUCACAUCCCGCUACCUUGGGUUAGUCGUAGUGCCAGGGCAGUAUAUUGUGAAGAUAGAGGUUGAAGAGUUUGCGAGUCAGUUACGGGGGAGGGGUCUGUUAUAG